AUGAUUAAAAGAGAAAUUAAAAAUUAUCAAAAUAAAUUACAAUCAGCUAUUUCAUCAAGAAAUAUUGAUGAAACAAAAUCAGUUAUUCAAAAUAUUAUAAUUCAAUCUACAAGAGGAGUUGAUAUGUCACCAUUAUUUGCUGAUGUUAUUAUGGCAUGUGAAACAGAUGAUAUUGAAUUAAAGAAAAUGGUAUAUAUGUAUCUUUGUACAUAUUCAGAAAAAUAUCCAGAAUUAUCUAUUUUAUGUGUUAAUACAUUUUAUAAAGAUUGUAGAGAUAGUAACCCAAUUGUACGAGGUUUAGCAAUUAGAUGUAUGUCAAAUUUUGAAGUUGAUACAGUAAGAGAACAUUUAUAUGAUGAAAUAGAUAGAUUAUUGGAUGAUAAUAAUACAUAUGUAAGAAGAUGUUCAUUAAUGGCAUUAGGUAAAGUUUUUAAAGAUAAAGUUACAACGACAAAAUCAAAAACGGAUUUUAUUCCUAAAAUAGUUAGAUUAACAUUAGAUAAUGAUCCAUCAAUUUCAUUAGAUGCAUUGAUUAUAUUAAAAGAAAUUAAUGAUGGAAAAGUUACAAUGACUAAAAAGAAUAUUGAACAUAUUGUUGGAAUGAUUAAUAGACUUCAACCUAUUGAAGUUGCAGAAGCAGCAAUGUUAUUAAGAAAUUGUGAAAUAAUGGAAUAUUCAGAUGUUGAACAUAUUAUGAAUAUAUUUGAUGAAUUUAUUGAUUCAUUAGAUCCAGCACCAGUAAUGGAAACAAUUGAAUUAUUCUUAUAUAUUAGUGAAAAAUUUAUUAAACAAGAAACAUAUACAAAUGAUAUUCUUCAACGAGCUACAGAUGGAUAUAUUGGACUUUAUAAUUAUUAUUCAACAGUUAAUGCACAAAUAGUUAGUGUAAUAUUAAAUGGAAUAUUAUCAAUUACUCAAAAAUAUCAAGAAUUUUUUAAGGAUUCAUCUAUUAUUAUUCCAACAUAUAAUGAUCCUGAAGAAAUUGUAAUGAUUAAAAUGAAAAUUUUAGAAAUUAAUACAUCAACAGAAAGACUUAAAAAAUUAAUGAAACAUUUUAAAACAUUAAUAUUAGAUACUACUAUUCAAAAAUAUAUUGUUAAUGGAUUAGUUCAAUUAGGAUAUCAAUCAAGAGAAAAUGCUAAUAUUAUUAUUUCUUCAUUUGUUGAAUUAUUAAAUAAACCAUUAAGAAGAUAUGUAGAAAUUAAAUUAUUUUCAGGAAUAGCUAGAUUAAUAGAAUAUUAUAAUGAUAUUAGUUCUGAUGAAAUUAAAUAUAUUAGUUAUUUAUUUGAUGAUGCUGAAAGUAUUUUUGAAUGUGAUGAAGAAGAUAUUACUCAUGUAUUUUAUAUUUGUGGAGAAUAUGAAGAAUGUUUUAAUUUAGAUAUAUUUAUUCAAGCAAUAGAACAUUGGAAAACAUUAACCUUACAAAAUAAACAAUCAUUAUUAACAGCUAGUGUUAAAGGAUUUAUUAAUAAUAAAGAAAAAUGUUCUAUAAUAUUAAAAGAAAUAACAAAAAAAUGUUUAGAAGAUGAAGAAAUAGAUUUAAAAAUUCGUUCAAAAUAUUAUCUCAAUUUAAUUGAUACAAAUUUAAUGAAAUUAAAAGAAAUAGUAUUUCUUCAUCAUUAUUAA